CGGCGUUUGUCGCCCCUCCGUUAUCGGGAGGACGAACUAUAGGAUACGAUGGGCUGUGCCGCGUCGAAGGCAGCGUUGCAAGUGCUUCACCGCAGCAGCCUAACCUCUUCCGUUCAACCAGUUCGUUGAAGGUAACUGGACGAAGGUUCUGCCGUACACGAAACUCCAUCCCACGGGCACUGAUUGCGACUACAAUGUGGUUCCUCUUUGCAGGCUUUCUUCUGAUGGCAGGUACAUCUGCUACGCAGUUGAAAAGAAACCUCGGAAACUGCGACGAAGGCUGGGUAGCAUUCGGCUCCAAGUGCUACUUUUUUGCGAGCAACACCAGCCGUCUUCGGUUCUACGAUGCUCGGCAACACUGCAUUCGUCAAAACGCUCAGCUGGUCACCAUUCCCUCGGUGCAAGUUCAACAGUUUCUGCUGAGUCACCUGGGCGACGCCAGCACAAAUGUCUGGAUCGGCCUGAAGACCAUCACGGGGGGCUCGAAGUGGUUGGACGGCUCCCCUAUCGCCUACAAGAAUUGGUUCUGGGGCCAGCCUAAGCUCGGGAUGGGCCUCCACUGCGUCGAGAUUCUGACCGGCCGAGUGCACCCGGGUCGUUGGAACCAGGCGCCAUGUGACAAGUUCCGGCUUCAUGUUUGCGAGAAGGCUCGAGACCCAACAGUACCCAUUCCCAAGCCCGUUGAAGACCCCUCGUGCAGGCUUGCCCACCCGGGCUCCUUCCCGUACGGUACUUCGUGCUUUCACAUGGGCUCCUACGAGGACUGGGACACCGCAGAAGCACACUGCGCGUCCAGCGGCGGGCACUUGGCCUCUGUACGAGACAUCUACCAGGAAUCCUUCUUCAGCGUUAGGUUCGAGUUCAGGGGAGGCCUGGUCUGGAUUGGUUUGCAAGACGCCAAGGGAAGUGGCCGGUUUACCUGGUCCGACGGUUGGCCCGUGCACCACACCAACUGGGCGCCACUGCAGCCUGGAGCUGCCGAGCGAGGCGAGCGACGCUGCGUCGCCCAAGAUAUGGCCACCGGCCAGUGGAGCGUCCAGCCCUGCAAGACUUCCCUGCCCUACCUAUGCAAAAUCACCUCCGAAAAGCCGCCCGCAGUGGAGCAUCACGAGGGCGUCUGUCCCGAGACUGCCAAGGGAUGGGUGGACGUCGGUAACCCCUACUGCUACUUCUUCAGCGGCAGCCGGGUGGAGAACUUCCUCGGAGCCGUCGAAGCUUGCGACGAACGAAAUUCUACCCUGGUAAGCUUUCACUCGCAGGACCAGCUGGACAGACUUCUGCCCUACAUUCGACUGUCCCCGUCAAAUCUCUGGAUUGGGCUCGAAGAAAAUAAGAACGGGACCUUCGAAUGGCUGGAUGGUUCACCUUUGGACUUCGAGUACUGGCAAAAAGGGGAGCCAAAUGGCAAAGACGAGAACUGCGUCGAGCUUCGACACUUCGAUUCCCUGUGGAACGACAUCAAAUGCAGUGUCAGGAACGCGUUUAUCUGCGCAGCUGCGAAAGUUUUUCCGGACGGACAUCAACAAGGAAGUGGCCAAUCUAGUCCACUCACUGGGUCAGUCUCGCCGGCUCUGGGAGUAUCACUUGGCCUGCUGUCUCUUCUGUUGAUCGUCGUGGCAGCCAUCGUAGCUCGAGUCUACUUCCGCCAACGUCGACCGGGGCCUUCCGUGUUUUUCGAAAACGCCGUCUACAUGGAAGAGCGCCAACCCCAGUCUACGACGGAAACUAGCCCUUCCCCAUUUCCAGGGGCUUGACACUCAUCUCCUUUCUUAGUGACGCACACGCAUCGUUUCGGUUUAUUGACUUUGUUUAUCAUCCGAAAACUUCAGAGUGACAUAGUAUCAUUAUCAUCAGCACCACGUGGGCAACUUUAGCUUCGUUCUGUUUACCUGCACCCAUAGAGUUAUUAUAAUGUACGCUAGAGGUUCAACUGGCGCUACUGUCUAUGCGACUACCGUGACGCAAAUUGAAGCAGGCAGCAACCAGUCUACUUUUGCGGUGCUCCUGUGCAUUCCUAUGGGAAAACGUGCGUGCAUUUUGUCUCUUCGCCGAAAAAUAACACGGAACACUUUGGUUAUUUCGGUUGUACCAAAUAGUAUUGUAAAAGUGUAAUUGCUUUAGUUAGCGAUUUUUUUUCAUUACUGAACGAUGUUUAACUUCGCAACAUUUCAGUCCCAAACACGCGUUCCGCAGCAGGUGUGUAAAGACAAGCCCCGAUUCAAAGCAAAAUCACAAUCGAAAGGAAUAUAGAGUGUGUUCAAGGCUCGCCAACAUUCAGGUGACGCUUACAUAAUGGUAAUAUGCCAUUCCUGUCACUAUAUGAGAAUGACCCCGUUGUGCAUGAGCGGAUAAAAACAUUCAGAACGUAAAGAAUAAAGUUCGUGGGCUAUGAAAGGUGUCUCUUCGUAUUGUUUUCUCUGCAGGGCAGCUUUUAUCGGGCACUUGUUGUCAAAGAUUUCGAGCGUGCGGGUGAUAUUUUGAACUUUGAACAACCAUCUUCGUACAGAGCAGAAAGAAUAACGAGGUACUUACUUAUUUAAAACCGGAAUAUAUUACGUGGCCUUCAAUUUAUUUUGAUUGCACAUGCACGGGUAGGGGCUGAUCCAGUGUUACUGCGUAGUUCUUGCCGUCUCCCUCAACUUCCAGAUGUGCUUCGUUCGUUUGGCACGUAUAUCCCUCAUGCUGAAAAACGCCGACGUCAUGUUCAUGCUAAUAGUGUCCGCCAGUGCACAUAAAUACACGUACGAAGCCGUUUUAGCGCCGUUUUUAUGCGAUAAAUUUGAAAGAAAAACGCCGUAACUGAGCAAAAAUUUCGUCUGCCUGACUGAGGAAUGUUCCAAGGUACCUAGUUCGCACGAAUUAAUCGGGAUAUUUGCUUUUAUGAUCGAGCACAGGGAGAAAAUGCAGUAACUCUUUCCCAUAGAAAUGCAUUACCGGAAGUCGAUUUUUGACUGCUUGUUGUCUGCUGCAAUUUGCGUCAGCACAUUAGCGCCACUUGAACCUCUAGCGUACAUUAUAGUAACUCUAUGCCUGCGCCUCCUGCACCGGUACAGAAAAGCGUAGGACGGUUUUACGUCCGGUUGUAUUUGAAUACACUUACCCGAAGUACACUCCCCUGCACUUCACUGCACCGGUGCGGAGGUGGAGGUAAAUCGACCGAAGCCAUCGUCAUGUUACUAUUUUUUUUUUUUUACCGGAUUUUGAUCAUAUCGAUGGAGGUUGUUAAAACGGUGCGAGACAAUUCCCCCGUUGUCUGGUAUGUUAUUGACAUUGGUUGCGAAUUGUCUAUUAUUAGGCCGUAGAAUUUCCGUACGGUAUUUAUUUAUGAGGAAAAUCGGCGGAUGUAUUUCGGUGUUUAUUUAUUUGUCACAUAUUCGAUUCCCGAUGUAUGAAGCAGACAUGCUUCGGAAAUGCUUGAGGCGAGCGCGUAGGUGAUUCAUUUUGUCUUCAUGUUUGCAGAGAACAUCGUCUGUUUUGUUUUGUUUUAGCCGACUUCUAUAUUCUUACACCAACAGAUGUUUAUUGGUGUUUUUGGUUUUUAGCGGAUUUUGUAUUUCCGACAUUGACGCGUGUUUAUUGGUGUUUUUAGGUUAAAACCGUAAAGCUUUCGGCAUACUUUUAAUGUCGUUCGUGAUAGUAAAAGUUAGAAGGAGAAAAAAAAGAAAGGGUUAGCACUGAUCCUUUGACUGGAAUUAAUACAACCGUGAACCACGCUGAGGCAAUCUGGGCCGUAUCUAGUACUAUAACAAAAAAGAAGUAUUGAAAAAAAAAAUGACCUGAGAGGAGAAUACAAGACACUUUGACAGACGUGAUACCGUAUUAUUUUUCCACCGUCUGUGUUAAAAAAUACCGGGUGUUUUGUGAGCGCUCUUUGGGCGUACGAAAAUUGCAUAAACAAGCCACUAAACGGAGUGCAAAGAGACUCCUCACAAGGGCGUCUUUAUACGGUGUCACUUUUUCUGGGAAAAAGAUUAAAAAAAAGAAAAAAGAUCCUGCUAUUUAUAGGCACAAAAAGGAAAACGUAAACAAACCGUCUGGUUGACGCCGCUACUCCUAGAUGUCAGCACCUGUAAUAAAACUCGAAACCAUCUUUGAGAUGAACACCCUAAAGCAGAUCCAGCUGAUUCCAGUGUAUGGUGUGAGGGGCAGCGUCAACCACACGAUUUGUUUCUGUUUCCUCCGAUGUGCAUAAGAAAAGGAUGCAUGUUUUGGCUUAAAGUUUUUUUCCACAAGUAUGCACUCAUGAGAUUUGACUAUGACACUUGCUGAUUGUUAUCUUGUCGGGAGGAGUGUGGAAACCCCCAAGAAGGUGGACGAAUGUCUAAAAGUGAUGACGUUAAAUAAAAUCAGUAGCCGUGCUUUGAGA